ACAUCAACCCAAAUUAACCUUUUCCAUUUCUUCAAAGAUUUCAGUCCGAGUACAGCCGUUAACACUGCGCAACAACUAAAUUCGCCAGAUCCUACAAUCCCAGGAUGUUUCCAGCAUAACAUUCAGCAGAUUUAUCCAAAACCAUCGAUCCCCUGCGCAAACCCCAUAAACCCAGACACAUUUCUCAAUGGCCAAUCCCUCUGGAAGUGUUCCAGGCAAAGGACCCAUCACUCAUGUCAUCUUCGACAUGGACGGUCUCCUUCUCGACACUGAGAAGUAUUAUACUGAAGUUCAGGAAAUUAUACUUGCUAGAUAUAAUAAAUCUUUUGACUGGUCCCUGAAGGCAAAGAUGAUGGGAAAGAAAGCAAUAGAAGCUGCUCGGGUCUUUGUUGAAGAGACUGGGAUCAGUGAUUCUCUCACUGCUGAGGAUUUUCUUGUAGAAAGAGAGGCCAUGCUGCAGAAGUUGUUUCCAAAUAGCGAGAUCAUGCCAGGGGCCAGCCGCUUGAUCAGACAUCUUCAUGCAAAAGGAAUACCAAUUUGCUUGGCAACGGGUUCUCACAGGCGGCAUUUUGAAUUGAAAACACAAAGACAUGGCGAACUUUUUUCAUUGAUGCAUCAUGUCGUUCUUGGUGAUGAUCCAGAAGUUAAACAAGGCAAGCCAUCACCAGAUAUAUUCCUUGCUGCUGCCAAGAGAUUUAAGGGUGGCUCAGUAGAUCCACAAAAAAUUCUGGUGUUUGAAGAUGCACCAUCUGGAGUUAAUGCAGCCAAGAAUGCUGGGAUGUCUGUUGUUAUGGUUCCAGAUCCAAGGCUGGAUAGUUCAUUCCAUGAUGCUGCAGACCAGGUUUUGAGCUCGCUACUGGAUUUCAGCCCAAAUGACUGGGGUUUGCCUCCAUUUGAGGUUACUGCAAGCUAAAACUUGGAUGUCCAUCGACAUAUAUAUUGCGCAUUUCCGGCAAUGAUUGCCCGCCCAUCUUUAAAACCUUAGGCACACCUUGAUUCAUAUUUUGGGAGAAUUUCAAUCAACACAUAAUUUAUCAUGGGUUGAUGAUAUUCUUGAAAAGUAAUAUUUAAAGUGGUUUUGAUGCUUUGAGAUUGA